AUGGAUAAUUUGUCAUCAGAAGAAAUUCAGUUAAGGGCUCACCAGGUUACCGAUGAGUCUCUGGAAAGUACAAGGAGAAUCCUGGGUUUAGCCACUGAGACUCAGGAUGUAGGAAUCAAGACCAUCACUAUGUUGGAUGAACAAGGGGAACAACUAAACCAUAUAGAAGAAGGCAUGGACCAAAUAAGUAAAGACAUGAGAGAGGCAGAGAAGACUUUAACAGAACUCAACAAAUGCUGUGGCCUUUGUGUCUGCCCAUGUAAUAGGACAAAGAACUUUGAGUCUGGUAAGGCCUAUAAGACAACAUGGGGAGAUGGUGGAGACAACUCACCUAACAACGUAGUAUCUAAGCAGCCAAGCCGGGUGACAAAUGGCCAGCCUCAACAAGCUGCCACAGGAACAGCCAGUGGUGGAUACAUUAAACGUAUAACUAAUGAUGCCAGAGAAGAUGAAAUGGAGGAGAACUUGAUUCAGGUGGGCAGUAUCUUGGGAAAUCUAAAAAACAUGACCCUGGACAUGGGCAAUGAGAUUGAUGCUCAAAAUCAACAAAUAAAUCGGAUCACAGAUAAGGCUGACACCAACAAAGAUCGUAUUGACAUUGCCAAUGCCAGAGCAAAGAAACUCAUUGACAGCUAA